GGGGGCUACGGCAGCAUCCUGAAUACAGAGAGGGGACUCCUGGGUGGUCUUAGGGGACAGGGAAGGAAUCUAGAAAGGUUGGAGGGUGCCGGGGUUACUGAGAGUAUCUGGAUGGAUAUUGAAGAGACCUGGAGUUUGUAGUGGACAGAGACUAAGAGGUAUUUAGAUAAGAAUUUGGGAAAAUCUUUGAGAAUGGGAAAGGACUAAGAGAGUUUAAGGAGAGGGUUGGAGAUCUUGGAAUGAAGAGGCCUGGGAAUGGCUUGGGAGAGGUGAGCUCCGGAGCAGUUCAGGUGUCCAAGGGCCCAGAGUUGUUCACGAGAUCUAGAUUCGAGGUCGGGUAGUGACGCCUUCUUCUUCUUCCCCCGCCCCUCUUCAGCCUCCAUCAUGUGGAACAUCUCUGAUGCCAACUUCUCCUGCUAUCAUGAGUCUGUGGUUGGCUAUCGUUACGUUGCAGUUACCUGGGGGGUGAUGGUGGCUGUGACGGGCACCGUGGGCAACGUGCUCACCUUGCUGGCCUUGGCCAUCCAGCCCAAGCUCCGUACCCGCUUCAACCUGCUCAUCGCCAACCUCUCAGUGGCCGAUCUGCUCUACUGCACCCUUCUCCAGCCCUUCUCCGUGGACACCUACCUGCACCUGCGCUGGCGCACCGGCGCCACCUUCUGCAGAUUGUUUGGGCUCCUCCUCUUUGCGGCCAACUCUGUCUCCAUCCUCACUCUCUGCCUUAUAGCCCUGGGACGCUACCUCCUCAUCGCCCACCCUAAGCUCUUUCCCAAAGUUUUCAGUGCCAAGGGGAUAGUGCUGGUGCUGGUGGGCACCUGGGUGGUGGGUGUGGCCAGUUUUGCCCCCCUCUGGCCCAUCUAUAUCUUGGUGCCCGUAGUUUGCACCUGCAGCUUUGACCGCAUCCGAGGCCGGCCCUACACCACCAUCCUCAUGGGCAUCUACUUUGUGCUUGGGCUCAGCAGCGUCGGCAUCUUUUACUGCCUCAUCCACCGCCAGGUGAAGCGAGCGGCACAGGCGCUGGAUCAGUACCAGCUGCGCCAGGCAAGCAUCCGCUCCAACCACGUGGCUGGGACAGAGGACGCCAUGCCUGGUCAUUUCCAGGAGCUGGACAGCGGGCUGGCAUCAGGAGGGCCCAGUGAGGGGAUUUCUUCUGAGCCAGUCAGCGCUGCCACUACCCAGACCCUGGAAGGGGACUCCUCAGAAGUGUGGGACCAGAGCAACAGCAAGGUAGCUAAACAGAUGGCAGAGAAAAACUCUUCAAGAGCACCUGCCAAGGCCAGGCCAACUAAAGGAGCCCAGAAAGCUCAGGACUCACCAUCAGAGUUUGGGAAGGUGACUCGGAUGUGUUUUGCUGUGUUCCUUUGCUUUGCCCUGAGCUACAUCCCUUUCUUGCUGCUCAACAUCCUGGAUGCCAAGGUCCAGGCCCCCCGGGUUGUCCACAUGCUUGCUGCCAACCUCACCUGGCUCAAUGGUUGCAUCAACCCUGUGCUCUAUGCAGCCAUGAACCGCCAGUUCCGCCAAGCCUACAGCUCCCUCCUAAAACGAGGGCCCCAGAGUUUCCGUAGGUUCUAUUAGACCUGUGUCCCCAGUCGCCAGAAUCUGGGACCGUCUCCUCCAGGACUAAAGUGGCCAGCUGAUGCGGGAGUAGAUGAAAUGUCUGUGGGCAUUUUUAUAGACAACCUCCCCCCAACCCCCAAACCAGACUUCUCCAUCCCCUGCUCAAUGUUUCCGUCCUAGGCUGCCCAAGGUGCAUUAUUAAUUAUUAAUAAAUGAAUUUCAUCC